CGGGCGUUUUGGGUCCAGACACAACCCUGCUCUCUCAGGCUGAGUUUACGAGGCUCCACAUCUCCAGACUAACCAUGCAGUCCUACGGCUUGCAGCAGGAUCACUCGAGGCAGUCCCGCCGGUCCGGGUCAGUGGUGCUCAGCUCUAACCGUUCACAGCGGAUGAGUGUGGGGGGCGCCGGCAGUGGCGGGGUGGGAACGGUACGCCGAGCCGCCAGUGUCUACAAUACCCCGAGGCGGGGCACCCGUAUCUCCUCCAGCUAUGCCCCCAACAAAGGCAGCAACAUCGGCAGCUUCUACUCGGGGCAGCACAACUCGGGGGGGCUGGCGGCUUUCUCCAUCAACGAGAAGCAGACUAUGCAGAAUCUCAACGAGCGCCUCGCCACCUACCUGAACAAGGUCCACUCUCUGGAGAAGUCCAACCACCAGUACGAGCUGCAGAUCCGAGAGUUCUACGACAAGAGGUCUCCCGCCGACGUCCGAGAGAUGGGAGACCACUGGAAGACCAUCAGCAGCCUCCGUGCCCAGAUCAAUGCUGCUUCUCUGGCUAACGCCAAGGUCCUGCUGCAGAUUGACAAUGCAAAACUGGCUGCAGAUGACUUUAAAACCAAGUAUGAUUCAGAGCUGGCCAUCAGGCGUGGUGUGGAGAUGGACAUCGCUGGGUUGCGUAAAGUCCUAGAUGAACUGACCAUGGCCCGAAGUGAUCUGGAGUCACAAAUCGAAGCAAUGAAGGAAGAACUAAUCUACAUCAGGAAGAGUCAUGAUGAUGAAAUGAAAUCUCUCCGCCACCAGCUGCGCGGCACAGUCACCGUGGAAGUGGACGCUCCUCCGGCCAAGGACUUGACCAAAACCCUAGCCGAACUGAGAAGCAAUUACGAAUUAAUGGCAGAGAAUAACCAACUGGAGGCUGAGAAAUGUUUCAAGGAGCAGUCGAGUGUUGUCAAACAAACGAUGAGUACCAGCAGCCAACAGGUGUCCAAAGAGAAAGAACAAUACAAUGAGCAGAGGCGCAAACUGCAGUCGGUGGAGAUUGAUGUACACACGCUCAUGACUGUGAAAUCAUCGCUGGAAGCCAACCUGCAGGAUACGGAGGAGCAGUACGCCGACCAGCUGCUCAACCUCGAGGACAUCCUCAGCGAUCGGGAUGCAGAGUUGUCCCAGAUCCAGAUGGACAUGCAGAGGCAGAGCCAAGACUACACACAGCUCCUGGACAUCAAAACCAGGCUGGAGAUGGAGAUCGCCCAAUAUCGCCGUCUCCUGGAUGGAGAGCAUGUCAGCCACACAACGGAAGUCAAAACUGUCGAAGUAGUCAAGGCACCGGAAGUGGUGACUACCAAGAAGUAUAUAACCGUUACAGAGACGUUGGUUGAUGGGCAGGUUGUCGAUUCGCGUGAGGAGGUCCAAAUUAGUAAACAAUAAACAGCCCCUCUCUCUCUCUCUCUCUCUCACCUGACCAAGAUGAUAUCAACUCCAGACAUUGCUUUGCUCUUUAAAUUCCUGGUGACCUUCAAAUAAAGUCGUUUCUAAUGAUGCUUGAAA